AUGGCGAAAGAAGGAUCCUCAACUCUUAACAAUAGACAAUAUGAAGAACGUGAGGAAGGAAAAUUUAGUAGAGGGGGUGGCCGUGAUGCGGACAAAGGGCGUAGAGAUGGUAGUUUUAAUGAUCGAGAACGUGUUCGUGAAGGUGGAAGAGGUGGAAGAAGACGUGAUAGAAGAAAGGACUCUUCUGGUGGAACUCUUACAACACCUACACCUGAAAUUCUUUCUAAAUCCUUCUAUCAAGCACCUGUUAUUUUAGAGCAGGUUUUAUCACCACAAGCAUCUAAUUUUCCGUCCUCACCACUUGAAGAUUUUUCGCAUAAUCUUUCCGUAUCAUCUGUGUCACGUGAACCUGAGAUGAAACUUGGGAUUCUGCGUCCGAAGAAACCCGAGAAACCUUUUCAAAAAAUGAUUAAUGAGAAAGGAACCUUUUUAUUUGAGAGUGUUGCAAAAAUAUUAACUGAACAUGCUGGUCAUUUCGUUGUGGGUGUUUGUGGACCACAAGGUUCCGGAAAAUCGACAAUUCUUUCAGCGCUCUGUCAAGAUCCGAAUAAUGCUUUUCCAGUUCAAACAAACGAGGCACUAAAUUUUGCCAGUCAUGAAACAAUCGGAAUUGAUAUUCAUGUGACUCCGGAAAGGAUUAUUUUACUAGAUACACAACCUCUCUUCAGUCUAAGUAUCUUGGAGCGUGCUGUGAGGAAUGAUUAUAUUCCUGAUCAUAUAUCGCCAGAAUUAUGGUUGGAAAUGCAAUCAUUACAAUAUAUUAUCUUCCUACUUUCCGUAUGUAAUGUUGUUAUUACAGUAACUGAAAGCAUUGAUUUGAACACAUGGAAUUUCUUGAGGAAGGCAGAAAUGCUAAAGUAUCGUAUAUCUGAAUUCCCGACUUUACCUUCAUUGACUUCAACUGAUGGAAACUACGAAUAUUAUCCGGACGUAGUAUUAGUCUCUAACAAAAAUAUACCUGAUGACUUUACCACUAAGAAGUACGAUAAUAUAUCUGAUCUACUUCGACAAAUCUUUAACGAUUCAAAUCUCAAAAUAUUCAAUACAAUAUCUUUGGCGAAGACAUUACCUAUUUAUAAACCACAUUCGAAGUCAAAGCAACAGAAGCUACCAAAUUUUUACAUGUUACCAUUUGAACCGAAUCCUUACCGUCCCAAAUCUGAAGGACAUAUGCUCAAAUAUUUGGCCGCGCCAGAUAAUUUUGCUGCUUUGGUGAUAGAAUUAAGAAAUCCCAUGUUUGUAAAUAAGCAAAUCCGACCCUAA